AUGGGAUUUAAACAGACAAAAUUUUUGUCCACCAUGAGUAUAUUCGAUAGUCAUAUAGACGCCCACGAGGCGUUGAAGCGGCUACCAUUCACAGAUAGUGCCAUUGAUGAAUCUGUGCCUCUUCGUGGUACCGAAGUGGACGACACAUUGAGUCCGAUUUACCGGAACAAAUUGUUUCCGAAUGAGAUCUACUCGUGUAUUCACCCUGACUUGAACACCCACUACAAACUUUUCCAGAACGCUGCUAAACACUAUAGUGACCAGCCAUGUUUCGGGUAUCGUCGAUACAAUUAUGGAAGUGGAAAUUCUAGCAAUGUCUACGAAUCUUUGACAUACAAGCAAGUGAACGAAAGAAAGACAAACUUGGGUGCCGGUAUCUUGUCGGUGCUCCAGAAUUCACCAUACAAAACGGAAUCUGCUAGCCAUAGAAAGAUCGAUAACCACUAUAGAGACUACCAAAAGUAUGGUCAAACUUUAGACGGAAUCAAGCAAGAAGACAAUUGUUCAUUUAUUGUCUCCAUCUACGCUCCAAAUCGCUAUGAGUGGAUUCUUACCGACUUGGCAUGUUCAGCCUUUUCACUUACGAACACUGCACUUUACGAUACUUUGGGACUGGAAGUAACAAGCUACAUUCUCGAGUCUACUGAAAGUCCCGUGGUGGUGUGCUCUGCUGAUCAGGUGAAACAUUUGUUAACCUUAAAAAAGCUGUCUGGGUUGGCGAGUUUGAUCAGCAUAGUCAGUAUGGACCCGCUAGACGAGUACUUUGGAGCCGAAUUGCCUGGUUUGCGGACCAGAGCAGAAAAGCUCAAAGUAUCGAUUCACAGCAUAAAUGAGGUGGAGAAAAUCGGAAGCUCUUCUGGAUUAAAGGAGCUUCCACCUACACCAAAGACAGUGUAUACGGUAUCUUUCACUUCAGGAACCACAGGUUCGAAACCCAAGGGUGGAGUAUUGACUCAGGGGAACGCUGCUGCCGCUGUGGCAUUUUUAGCCAGCAGAAUAUCUCAGGUCAAAGAUGGAAAGGCAUUCAUAUUUCUUCCUUUGACUCACAUAUACGAGCGGGAAACCAGUGCUUUUGCUUUUACCAGUGGAUACUAUUUAGGGUUUCCUCAGCUUACGGUGAACAAAAAAAAGCCUGCCAGGGAUAGCUUUGAGCUGCUACUAGAGGAUUUGAGAAUCUUCAAGCCAACUUAUAUGUCGCUUGUUCCCAGAGUAUUGACAAGGAUGGAAUCUUUGAUAAAGUCUGCCGUUUUAACAUCUCCCAACUCUAGAAAAAUCACAGAGAUCAUAAAUCACAAACUUGACCAGCAAUCACAGCAUGAUGGUGCCGACGGACGUAACCACGAAAUGGAUGAUUAUGGACCUUAUAGAGCGCUCAGGUCGCUUUUGGGAUUUGAUAACUUGAGAUGGACGAUGACUGCGUCGGCACCUAUUUCACCUACAACAAUCUCUUAUCUUAAAGCCAGCUUGAGCAUUGGGUUAUACCAGUCUUAUGGGCUCACAGAAACCUUUGGUGCCAUUGUCAGCAGCCCAGCUUAUGAGGGUAAACCCGGAUCUUGUGGACCCACUGGAAUAACUGGAGAAUUCCGCAUCAAAAGUGUACCUUCAAUGGGCUAUUCUGUCAAAGAAGGGAAAGGAGAAUUGAUGGUUCGAGGUUCACAAGUGUACUGUGGAUACUAUCGGAAUGAGGAAGAGACCAACAAAGCGCUUGACAAAGACGGUUGGUUUUCAACCGGAGAUGUGGCUCGUAUCGACAGCCAAACUGGCCGAGUGUACAUCAUUGAUAGGGUGAAGAAUUUCUUCAAAAUGGCACAAGGCGAGUAUGUUUCACCGGAAAAGGUUGAAAACGUGUACUUGUCAGCAAACCCGUUACUUGUUCAGCUUUUUGUUCAUGGCAACUCAUUGCAAAGUUAUCUCGUGGGAAUCGUCGGAAUUCAUUACGAGCUUGGAAAGCAGUUUUUAAGGGAAAAAUGUGGAUACAACGUUCAAGGAAAGGAGGAUUUGUUGCAAAAGAUCAAUGAGACAGAAAACCGCAUCAAGUUUUUGAGUUUGAUCAAUGCCAAUGUCGGCGAUAAAGUUGCACGUUAUGAAAAACUUCACAAUUUGCAUAUUGAGUUUGAACCAUUGACAGUGCAACGCAAUGUUGUCACACCAACUUUCAAGAUCAAGAGAGCUGUAGCUUCAGCGUUUUUUGCAAACCACAUAAAGCGCAUGUACGAAACGGAAAAGUCGCUUAUUCAGACUACAAAACCUAAUUUAUAG